GCAGCAGUUGCUGAGGCACGUCUCUCGCCACUUAAUCCACCUUACACCAGAACGUAAGGACAUUGCAAUGCAAAUGGAUCACCAGAAAAUUAGGAUCAGUGGUCCUUUUUCAAAAUACCAUGCUCCUCUGGUCUUUGGGCUAUGCUUAUUACCAUCUUUCAUCCUGGGAUACUUGUGGCAGGCAUCCAAAGGAAGUUGGCUGAGCAGGAACUCAAUAUUAUGUGAAACACAGAGUUUCUCCUUCCACAGAAACGAGGCUGAUCUCUCAGAUGGUUUGCCAGAAAUAGAGUUGCCAAGAAUGGUUUACACAAAACCACACAUCUUUAAGCCACCGAGAACCGAUGUCCUUACAAUGACUCCCUGGCUUGCCCCAAUCAUUUGGGACGGGACCUUCAACUUGGAAAUCCUGAAUGAGCAGUUCAGACAAAGGAACACAACCAUCGGACUGACGGUGUUUGCUAUCAAAAAGUAUGUCGUCUUCCUUCAGAGGUUUCUAGAAACCGCAGAGACUUAUUUCAUGGUUGGGCAUAGAGUGAAGUAUUAUAUCUUCACCGAUAGGCCUGAAGCUAUUCCUAACAUAACUGUCAAAGAAGGAAGGGAGAUAGUCCCUCUUAGAGUCCAAAAUUACCCCAGGUGGCAGGAAAUCUCCAUGCGCCGGAUGGAGAUGAUCAGUUAUUACUCUCAACAGCGCUUCAUCUAUGAAGUUGACUUUCUGGUGUGUGUCGAUGUAGACAUGCGGUUUAGUGACUCUGUGGGAGUAGAGAUUUUGAGCGAGGUCUUUGCCACGAUUCACCCAGGUUUCUAUGCUGCUGAGCGCCAAGCAUUCACCUAUGAACGACGUCCCAUCUCAGAAGCUUACAUUCCCCGAGAUGAGGGAGAUUUUUAUUACUGUGGAGGUUUCUUUGGAGGAACAGUGGCGGAAGUUUACAAGCUCACGAAGAAGUGCCACGAAGCCAUCAUGGCUGACAAAAACAAAAAUGUGGAGGCCGUCUGGCAGGAAGAGAGCCACUUAAACAAGUAUUUUGUGUACCAUAAACCAACAAAACUACUUUCCCCAGAAUAUCUGUGGUUUACUGGUAACCCACAUUUCCUCAAGAAAAAGCGGUUCAUUGAGAUUCCAAAGAACCGUGCUGUAAUUAGAAAUAAAAGAAAUUUGCCCCUGAAAUGA